AUGGUGGACGCGGUCGUCCCAGAAUUCAGCAAGCAUCGCCUUCAGCAUCGCUGCUCGUUUUUCCUUCAUUCAACCAGCAAUAAUUCCAGCACUGACUUGGACGACGGGGAUAUCUGCAUCGGUGGUCUUAAGAGGGUGGUGGAAGUUGACGAGGAGUCGAAGGAUGAACGACUGGACGCCUGUGAGGAGAACCCGGUCAUAGAAUCAAGAUACGCCUUUGAGAAAUCCAAAUUAGCCAGAACUAGGACUAUAGCUGUAUGCCAGCGUCGCCAAGCUGCUCCGUCACUGUGGGCCUGGGAGCGAGAUGGCAAGAAGCUUUCUUCCGACGAUAACACUGGUUCAGGAAUGGGUCCUGAAGAUGGCUACAGAUACAAGACCUGGUCACACGUUAAUGGCGGGCCACCGCAGUAUAACCCAUUCUACACAAGCAUCGAUAGCAUGCCUGAGAUUAAACCAAGAAGAAAGAGCAUACCUUUUGUCAGUGAUUUGGUGAUGAAGAGCUUGGCUGCCAAAAGAAAUGCUGGAGUAUCAUCGUCUAUGGUUGCUCGUCAAUCACUUAAUGAUGAGGAGUUGAAAAUGCAUGUUUACAAAAAGACUCUUCAAGCCCUGAUUUACCCAAUAUCCUCAACAACACCCCACAAUUUUGUGGUCUGGUCUGCUACUUCACCUACCUACUGCUUCGAGUGUGAGGGCCUACUGUGGGGAUUGGCUCGACAGGGGGUCAGGUGUACAGAAUGUGGGGUGAAAUGUCAUGAGAAGUGCAAGGACUUGCUGAAUGCUGACUGCCUUCAGAGAGCAGCUGAAAAAAGCUCAAAGCAUGGUGCAGAUGAUAAAGCACAUAACAUCAUCAUGGCCAUGAAAGAAAGGAUGAAAAUCAGAGAGAAAAACAAGCCAGAAAUAUUUGAAAUGAUAAGACAAGUUUUUGGAGUAGAUAAAAAAUCUCACUCUGGUCACAUGAAGGCCGUCAAGCAAAGUGUGCUGGAUGGCACCUCCAAAUGGUCAGCAAAAAUAGCCAUUACUGUGAUAUCUGCCCAGGGUUUGACCGGCAAGGACAAGACAGGUACCAGCGACCCUUAUGUGACUGUUCAAGUGGGCAAGGUGAAGAAGAGAACUAAGACAGUGCCUCAAGACCUCAACCCAGAGUGGAAUGAGAAGUUCUAUUUCGAAUGCCACAAUUCCUCUGACAGAAUCAAAGUUAGAGUAUGGGAUGAAGACAAUGAUCUGAAGUCCAAACUACGGCAGAAGCUUACGAGAGAAUCUGAUGACUUUUUAGGUCAGACUAUUAUUGAAGUCAGAACCCUGUCUGGAGAAAUGGAUGUCUGGUACAGUUUAGAGAAACGAACGGACAAGUCAGCUGUGUCUGGUGCUAUUCGACUUCACAUCAGUGUUGAGAUCAAGGGUGAGGAGAAGGUGGCGCCUUAUCACGUACAAUACACAUGCCUUCAUGAGAAUCAGUUUCAUUAUCUGUGUGAGCAGAAUGGAGGAGAGGUGAAGCUUCCAAAUGCCAAAGGGACGGAUGAGUCUUGGAAGGUGUACUUUGAUGAGCCAGGACAAGAAAUAGUGGAUGAGUUUGCCAUGAGAUAUGGCAUUGAAUCGAUCUACCAGGCUAUGACACAUUUUUCUUGCCUCUCUUGUAAAUAUAUGUGUGCUGGAGUACCUGCUCUGAUGAGUACACUACUUGCCAAUAUUAAU